AUGUCAGCUGUUGAAGCUCCUCAUCCCGGAAUGUCUUACAAUCCUAGUGUAGCUGAUCACAGAAAUUUAUUAAAGAUAAUAGUUGAUAAAGAAAAAGAAUUAAUCAAACAAGAAGUGCAUUUGAAUCGUGUUACAUCAAAAUUCUUCAGAAAAGUUUCACCUUCGCAAAAAGAAAAGGACAUGUUAGCAGAAAUGUCUGAAGGUUUACCAAAAACCGUUCUUGCCAACGGUGCUGAUAAUGAUGAUAAAUCUGAAAGUUCAGAAUCUGAAAAUGAUGAAAAUGGAAAUCCAGCAGUAAAAAAUAAGAAAAAAGAUCUUAAGCAAAAAAGAAAAGCCAAAGAACAGAGGAUAUUGAAACUUCAAUUGAGAAAGGCACGUGUAGAAAAGAAGAAAGUAGCCGAUAUUUACAAACUGAAGAAAUUAGCACAAAAAAUAGCAAAAGCUGAAGAAAUUGAAAAGAAAGUUCAAGAAAAACGUAAAAUAAAACAAGAAGAAAAGUCAAAGGGAACUAAAGUUCUUGGAAAAGUUAAAUUCGAAGAACCUGAAUUAGAAUUCAACAUGAAAAAAGAAAUUGCUGGUAACUUAAGAAAUGUUAAAAAGGAAGGAAAUCUUCUGUUGGAUAGAUUUAAGAGCUUACAAAAACGUAAUGUCAUUGAACCCACAGUUUCUCAAGGACUCAGAAAGAGAUCUAAAGUUAAGCGAUUUACCAAAAAGUCACAUCAAGAUGUAUAAUGUGUUUAUAUAUUGUUUUACAUUAAACUUAAUGAAAUAUAAAACAAAAUAACAUCUAAUAUGUGUUUAAGCUUUUCAAA